AUGGCUCGAGUGUUAAUUCUGCUCAAUUUGGUACUAUUUGCAUCGGCGUAUAGACAUAAACGGUACCUCGUGUACCCAGACGGAGGCCCCGCUCGAGCGCAGUUCAUCCUUGGUCUUGGUAUUCCAGUGGACUUAAAAGACACUUCUGUGACUGUUGGCACCGUUAUAAAAUUCCAAUAUGAUUUACCAACAAACAGUACUGAAUACACAAGUAGAAUAUACGGAUUUGCUGAAACAGUGUCGAGAGAUAUGGACGGUAAUAUGAUAGAAGGAGACAGAGAUGAUGACAAGGAAGUUUCUGAAAGUGUGACUGAAGUUGAAAAUCGUGACGACGAUGAUAAUAAUACAUUAGUUGAUAUAACAUUUGACAGUAGGAAGAAAAGAGCUCUAUACAGUGAAGGCGGUAUUAUAAAUGCAAUUGACGGGUCUGUGAAUUCAGAACUACCCUUAGAAGAAGCUAUAAGACGGCAGGAGGCGAUUGAUAAAAAUAAUUUGGAUGAAGAACCUCAAAGAAUGAAUAGAUGGGAUUUUUAUAAGAUUAUAGAACACAUGGCUGAAAGAUACGGCUAUUCAGGUCGCCCUUGUUUACUUCGAACAAUCUGCGAGGCGGCCCAGGUUCCCUUCACGCACGAAAAUGGCUUGCUCGCCGAAAUUGGCCAUAUUUUAUUCACGCCAUCAACAACCAAAGACACGCUUUCCCAUCACACGGACAACGAGUACCACGCGGCAGAAAGAAUCGGCAGAGAAAUAGAGGUUGGAUGCGAGGAUUUAUUUCCAGAAUGCGAAGGCUCCAUUCUUGAUACCUUUACUGCAAUCGGCGAGGAUACAUUGCAUAAAUUUGGACUUUUUUAAAUAUUUGAUGAUAAUGUGACUUUCUUUU